CUAAACUUUAGCUUCUCAACAGAUAGGCCUUGUGGGCCCCGCCCCUCCCUCUCCGGUCUCCAGGCUGGCUCUAGGGCCUUGGCCAAGUCUUCCACGGACCAGAAGCCGCAGCGGGCCUCCUAGGCCCCUUCGCUGUCUUUCUCCCCCUACCCCAUCUCACCCAUGGAGACGGCAGGCCUGACUGUGCGUGGACAGGCUGUGCCCUUUUCUACAGCACUCCGGAGCCUUGUCAACAACCCCCGAUACAGUGAUGUUCGCUUUGUAGUUGGUCAAGAGCGGCAGGAGGUAUUUGCCCACCGGUGCCUGCUGGCCUGUAGAUGCAACUUCUUCCAGAGACUUCUGAGUACAGACCUGGAUUCUGGGGUACCUAGUCCUGUGGUGCUAAGCACUGUGCCAGCUGAGGCUUUCCUGGCAGUGCUGGAGUUCCUGUAUACCAACAGUGUCACACUGCACCGCCAUUCUGUGCUGGAGGUGCUGACAGUGGCCCUGGAGUAUGGGCUGGAGGAGCUGCGAGAGUUGUGCCUGGAGUUUGUAGUGAAGGUGCUGGACGUGGAGUUGGUUUGUGAGGCCUUGCAGGUGGCUGUCACCUUUGGCUUGGGGCCAUUGCAGGAACGGUGCAUAGCUUUCAUUGAGCCCCACAGCCAGGAGGCGCUGCAGACCCGGGGCUUCUUGGAGCUGUCAGCCUCUGCACUGCUGGCGCUGCUGCACAGCGACCGGCUCUGUGUGGACGAGGCGGAGCUGGUCCGGGCGGUCCGCAGCUGGGCGCGCGUGGGCGCGGCUGUGCUGGAGCGGCCUGUGGCCGAGGUGGCGGCCCCUGUCGUUGGAGAACUGAGACUGGAACUGCUGGCCCCCGCGGAGCUGAGCGCCCUGGAAGAGCAGAACCGGCGGGAGCCCUUCAUCCCGGUGGAGCAGCUCGUGGAGGCCUGGAAGUGCCACGCCCUGCGGGGAGGAACCGUGGCCCGAAGCACCCCGUGCCGCCGGAGGAGGGGCACUCUGCCCCGGGAGCACCACCGCUUUCUGGAUUUGCCUCUCAAGUGACCCAAAUCCACAACCAAGUGAGGAAGAGUUCCGAGCCUGCCUGGCUGAGCAUCCCGGACUACAGCUCCCGACAUCCUCUGCUCCUAGAGCUGGCUUCCGGCCCCAGCAUGCCCCGCGAGCCAGGCACAGAGGGCAGGAUUAUCUCUGCGGGGCCCCACGCCCUGUGGGGGGAGCCUGGGGUGUGAGCCGUGGGAGGACUGGGGUGAGGGCUUGUAGACCCGAAAGCCAGAGUCCUUAACUCUCUGCCCUCAGUCUACGCUCGGCCCCCGGGCCUGUCCUUCCCGGUGCGGGUUUGCGCCGAUGACCCCGA